AUGGCCGACGAAUUCAAGACCACUGACGAUAGCUACGUCUCCCGCCAAGGCCAAAAGUCGGAGAUUCCAGUCCAGGCGGAUGACGCAAAGGUCGAGGAUCCCAUCGACGGCAACACGGCCGACUCGGAUGCGCAAUUGGCGCGCGACGAUGCAGACGCCAUUGACAAGAGCAACAUCAUGAAAGACCCGAGGGUUAUUGCCAAGAAGCGGUAUAUGUAG